AGAAAACAUGAAAUAAAUUGCUGGAUCAAAAGUUCACCAUUUCUAAUUGAAAAGUUGGAUGUCUGAUUUUUCUUGCUACAUAAGCAAAUAUGUCUGAGCCUAGUUUUUUUUCUGACACUUUAACUUUGGUUCAAGUUGCUGGCUAUGUAGUUGCUGUAAUUUUUGGGCUCUGUGCCUUAGUACCAACCAUUCUGCAUCUCAUUGACUUUGAAGGUCAUUGCCUUCUUUUCACAAAUGGCACUUGGCAAGCAUCUGACGGUCAGUUUGUGGCUGACUGGGGCUCACAGUUUUACUGUGACUACAAUAUCUUCUGGUCCUUCUUCAGUGUUUUGAUUGCCCUCACACAGCUUGUAAUUUUUGCUAAAAAUGCCAAAAGGAACACAUCAAAAGGCUUCUUGACCGUCCUGGGUGACUUGGUUGUGUGUACCCUUGUGUGCAUCUUGGUGUUUGCUGGAGCCGUCAUGACAUCAGUCGGUUACAACAGAUGGUGUGACGCCAUCUUGCAAAGAUUUACAGAGUGUGAAGAUGCUGCUUCUCCAACCACUGGCAUAGACCGAAAAGAUGGGAUCAAUACUGCACAUUUUUACAUUCACUAUGGAAUAAUUCAAUUUGGAGCCUGGUCAUGCUGGCCAACAUGGGUAGCGUUGAGCCUCUUCGUGUUAAGCAGAUUUAUUUCUCUGCACCAAGACUACGUCAUCAGAGUCUCCAUGGCCAGGGAGCGCGCAAGGCUAUGUGGAGACCCUUCUCAACUUCUCACUUAGCUUUAGCUUCAGAACGAAGCAAUUCUUCUGUUCUACUAUACUUACGUAUACCCACUUCUCCUGUAAAUAGAAUUAUGUAAAUAUAUAUAUUUUUAUCAUAGUUUAGCCGACCAUCGGUUAUUUAAUUCGUUUAAGAUUUUCUGAAAUUGAUUUAUCCUAGAGCUUCUAUCGAAGUAAAAGCUACUAAAACAGCGUUUUCGGUUUCUAAGGAUUUUCACAAAUUUUGAGAUAUCGUUAUAGGAUUUUUUUUCCAAUAUAGAAAUUCGAAGCAACGCCGAUGCAAAGGGCAAUUUUCUAGGUAUAGUUUACUUGAGAUCUCUUCAUGUCAACUGCGGUAAGAUCGUGGAAGCUCCUGCGUAUUGAUGAGGGGAAAUUUUGUCUCAUUGUGCGCUGCGAAACUUUACAUCAAAUCGUGCGCUGUGAGAUUCUGUUAGCGCUUCUUAUAGGAAUGCAUGUUUAUAUAGUAUAGGUAUUGUCCUUGAAAAUUAAGCAUUGUAAUGACAUACGAUUGCUAAGAUCACUUGUUCACGAGGCAUUUUUUCCAGGUCUCACUUACACGGUAUGUAUAAAGUGUUAGUCUUUAAAAAACGGACAAGGGAAAUUUACAAAUUAUCCUAUUAUACGUUAAACAAUUGAGUAAAAUAACGCUGUGGACGCUCGCUAUGAUUGUAGUCACGCUUCUCAUGGCUGGCUGUGCAGACCUGCUUAGCUGUUUAAUCUUGGUAAUGUGCAGUAAAUACAUUGUAAUUUCUUUGUGCAGUACCCGCUAUAUUAUGAAACGUAAAAUAAUUAGAUUAUUAGUUUUUAUAGGUAGGUUUUCAUUCUUGAGUUGAUAUUUACUCUGCCGAUGGUGUUGACAAAGAUCAUAUCAAGAUUAUUUGAUCUUGGUCAGGCUCUUGUUUCAUUCCUAUGCUUGCAUAGAAGCUAUGAAUCACAAUAUAUAAAAGAACAUA